CGAAACAUUUCAGUUGUAAACAUGGAGGAAAGAGAAGCCCUGAAGAGAGAAAUUGAACUUCUACAGAAUCUUAUUAAUACACACAAAAGCAUCCAUGGUGACACCCCGUUUUCAAGAGUUGAUCAGAGGCAUCCAGGAGCUUCUACAUUUUCCAGAGGGAGAGGUCACAGCUCAUCUGUCAUCCAUCCUCACAGCUCCAGAGGGAGAGCGUACGAUCCUCAGAGUCGUGGAAGUUGGAGGAAGACAUACUCGUUGAAAAACAAAACCCCUCAGAGGUCUGUUGGACCUUCCUCAGCUUCUGCCUCCUCUUCUGGUUUUCAGUCUAGUUCCACCAGUAUACCUAACAGCACGUCACUGCCCAGUCACAGCAGACAAGAAGGAGGUGAUGGAGCCAAAAGCUCUGCUUUAUUACCAACAGUCUCUCAGCUCAGGAGAGAAGUACAGGUUAAGAGCAUUCCAGGAGUUUGUGAUGUUUCAACAGAAAAGAGGAACUUAGUUAUUUAUCAAAAAGCAGCUGGGUCCCAGCACGAGGCUGGAAAAGGAGGUUUAGGCUCAACUAGUGUUGGCACACAACAUCAUAAUCUUCCCAGACAACCUCAAGAAGUUCAGCAGAGGCUUGAGCACAAACAUGUUGACCUGCCUGAGAAGAAAGCCAGUGUUUCUGCAGGAGUACCAUCUCCAGUCAAAGCCAGCACCUCAACCAGUUUACAUAGCAGCCCUUUAAAACCUUCCCUACCAGGGAAAACCAGCACUGAGUCUCAACAGACUAACACCGCAAAACCUCCAGCACAUCUUACUACUGGACAUAGCAUUGUACCUCCCUCUGCUCUGUCUAGAAUAUCAAAACAGCCUGCUGUUAAAUCUCCACCUCCUUUAAACCACAGUCGAGCAUCUUGUUCAAAAAAAUCCAAAUUUACCUGGGUUAAGAGUCAAAAUGUGGAAGCAGCACAGCUGAAACAAGCCAGCCCUGUCUUUUCAUCUCCAGGCAGAGCUGCAAGUGUAUCACCAAUAUUGGUAUCAAAAGCUGGGGUUGCUGGUAGAUUUUCCCCCUCAAGCUCAACCAGUAAAAGAGCCCCCAGCAGAAAGUUGCCUCGAAAGCUAAGCCCAGUCACUGUAGCCCCAAAGACCUCCAAGUACAAAUGGGUGUCCUCCUCUGCUGGAGCACAAGCUAAAAUAUCAAGAAAAUCCCCCUCUCCCAAAGCCCUGUCUCUCUCCCACAAAGCUCUGGAGAAGGGCGAAGCCACAAAGAAACAAAGAACACCCCCCACUCUCUCCUCUAAGAUCAAAAAGGGAAAUACAAGUUCCUCUUCAAGCCCUUCACUGAGUAGCCAAUACCGCUGGAAGGCAGGAGGUCUGAGUUCUACUGCAGUACCAGGAGGUGUAACGGUAGCCCGUCGUAAAUCUGCUUUCCACUGGACGUCAGACAAAAGCUAUAAACACCAGAAAGCAGGGCUUACUUCUCCUCCUUCCCAACGUAGCUUCAUCACGCCCUCCCCUGGUGGAUUCAAGCUCCGAAGCAGGAUGAAGAUCAUCCGGAAGUCUGCCACAAGUGGAGGAGGGUCAGAGAAGGGAUCCAGCCCGUCAGCAGUGAAGCUGUCUCCACGGAGCCGCAUCCACAGCUCCACUAGGAGUCCCACAGGAGCGAAGAGGACACCCUCCAGGGAGCUUGUGUCUUUUGGUAGACACAAGUUGAGGCGGCUCUCCCUCACCUCAUCAAGGACAAGUCUCGCUGCCUCCUCCUCCACCUCUUCCUCCUCCCUCCGCAGCCCCACAUCUCAGGGGGUGUUCAGGACCCGCUACAAGAUGGUGACCCGCCCGGGCUCCAGCACCGCACAUACCCCACACUUCAACCCCGCCCUGGCAUGGAGAACCAAGAGGAUCCAGUCUGCAAGGAGUUUCCUUCAAAAUCGUCUCCGAGCUCCCCAUCACAGACACUCUCAGCCCUGGAGAGGGAGUAACAUGUGCUGGAUUGGUGGUUCCCUGUACCGUGUGUCAGCCAACAAGCUGUCCCGCACCGUGGCGUCCAACAUGUCCAUUAACAGAACAGGACGGUCUUAUGGUGCUGCUCAGGUCUCACCCACGAUAUACAACCGACCCUCCAGUACCCGUCAUUUAGCCAGUCGUGCAGUCCAGCGGAGCCUCGCCAUCAUCAGACACGCUCGCCACAAGAAACAGCAGAAACAGUACUGCAUGUACUACAACCGCUUCGGCAAGUGUAACCGCGGCAACAGCUGCCCCUACAUCCACGACCCAGACAAGGUGGCCGUCUGCACCAGGUUUCUACGAGGAACGUGCAAACAAGCAGAUGGAACCUGCCCGUUCUCUCAUAAAGUGGCAAAGGAGAAGAUGCCGGUCUGUUCCUACUUCUUGAAGGGAAUCUGUAACAACAGCGACUGUCCCUACAGUCAUGUCUAUGUGUCCCGUAAAGCUGAAGUCUGUGAGGACUUUGUCAAAGGCUACUGCCCCGAAGGAGAGAAGUGUAAGAAGAAACACACUCUUGUGUGUCCAGACUUCUCUAAGACAGGAUCCUGCCCUCGAGGUACCAGCUGUAAGCUUCAGCACCGCCAGCGAGUCAAACGAAGCGCCAGCACCUCCUCCACCACUUCAACCAAGAAAGUCCGAACCAAGGAGCCAACAAAGAGACCUCGUCUGUCAGUCGUCAUGCCGCAAAGCUCUCAAACAGAAUCACAGACCCCUCCAAGAGGCUCUCUGGCACUGCCAGCCUUCAUCUCCCUCUCCAGCUCCCCAGAGGAGGCAGACACACCGGACACACCGACAGCUGAGGGAUCACAAGUUAAAGAGAAGAAACUCCAGAUCAAGCCUCGGCUGUGAGACCACAGAGACCAGCAGCACUGCAGGUGACAAACACUCCAUGAUUUCUAUGAUGGGUGUUUCUGUGUCUCUACCCUCUGCUUUUCUUCACUCAGGGUCUUUAAGUUUACCUGCUCAAUAUCUGGAUUUGUCAGACAUAUCAGUUUUGGUGCUUUCAUUCAGAUUUUCUCAUCAGUUUUUGUAAAUUUUUAAAAGGACAAAUAAAAGAUUAACUCCCA